AUGGCCGAUGACGAUGAAAUUGCUCUUAGCACUUAUGCUGGUGCGUUUUCAAGCAUAGUGCGCAAACUCCAGCCAACGAGUGCUACGGAAGAUGUAACACAAGAUGAGGACACAAAUUUGAGUCUCUCAAAUGCCCUGGCGCCGGGUGACGCAUUGUCAGCAGAGCCAGUGACAGAAAAGUCGAAAACCCACGGCGAAUUACGUAAGGAGCUGGAACAAAAGUGGGACCCUCUAACUGAACGUGAACCAACUGUUCAGGAUGAACGUGAAUGGCGGGCAAUACAGUUAAGGGGAUUCAUGGACCCUAAAAAAUUCUAUAAGGGUAACAAGAGUGGAAAGCUGGAACCCCUCCCGCGGCGUUACCAGGUGGGGAUCCUAACAAGAUCGUCAGGGGUGAAGGCUGGGGCCGGAGAAGAAUCGCAGGCCGUUGGUGCGGCAAACUCCAGGCGAAGCAGGGGUGUUUCUGUGCUUUCCGAGACGCUGGCAUCUGACCAGACCUGGACAAGGAAGAAAUACAGAGAAAUACAAGCAGAGAAGACAUCUGGAUCGAAAGGGUGGUAUAAAAGGCAGCGAAACAAACUUAAGAGUGUGUCCAAUUGA